UUAAUUGGUCGAUGUUGCGUCGCACCGUUCGGUCGCACAAAAGUAAAAUUAACAAGUUCAAUAAAGUAAAGACACGGAUUUAUUUGGGAUUAUAUAGUUAAAGUUAUGAAUAUACCCCAAUGGCAUACAAUACCAGCGGUGGCACUAAAUCAAAUAUUCGACUAUCUCGAUUCUCGAGACCGCAGAGCUGCGGCCAAUUGUUGUUGGGCAUGGAGGCAUCAUUUUUUCCAAAGACGCUAUUUUAAAAACUUUCGCUUUCACAUUGACGUGGCCCAGGAUGACCAACUGUCGUUCUUUCAUCUCAGCAUGGCCAAUCUGGCCAAGGAGCUGGUCAUAGUCUUCGAUUUUCACAAUGCCUUUCACAUACAAAAAAUGCGGCGGCUGCUCUACAAAGCGGCGCGCUGUGAUAAUAUCCGGGCCUUGCGUUUCCAAACCAACAAUGUGGGUCUUGUGGCUGCCGGGAAUAUGCACAGCGAGCACCUCGUCGCCAUAGAACAGUGCUUUGUGGAGCCACUGAAGUUGAUUUUGGGCCGCAAGAAUCAGGCGUGUCAGGUAUUGGAUUUGGGUGCCAUUGAAGCGCUUACCUAUUAUGGUCAGGAUUUUCUCAAGGCCAUGGGCAAGCCGCAAGAGCUGCUGCAGUUGACGCUGUCCAGCAUUAAAUACGAUCCUAGUCACUAUCCCAUACUCGGGCUGGACACCACGCUGCUGCAAAAAUGUGCCGCACUGCAAGUGCUUUCGCUGGACUAUGACACGCUCAACGAUGAGCUGCUGCACACCAUACAGGUGCUGCCGCUGCGUAAGCUGUUAAUUGUGGUGCAUGGCCUCGAUCAGGAGGAGCAUGCUGAUGUCUCGGAGGCUGCCUGGUCCAACUUCUCCACGCAUUUCACGGACAUUGAACUGGUGCUGACGCUCGUCUAUGCCUAUGAGGCUGUUGAGCAACUGGAAUUGCGCAUACUGCGCCGCCACAUGCCCGUGACGCACAUACGGAUGCUCUUCUGUGAGUUCAUGAACGAAGAGGCGCUCGACUGGAUGUCCGUGCACAAUAGCGACACGCUGCGCAGCAUCUAUUACAUAGAUUCGGUGAGCAAGCAUUCCAAUCGCAUUGAUUACAUGCGUCAGACCAGGCUUCAGGACCCGUUUGUCAUGUUGUCCUGGCGCUGCAAACAGCUCGAGGAGAUUGUCGUGCACGGCUACACCAUGGAUCCGCACAAUCUGCUUGGCAUUGCACGCCUGCGUGGUCGCCAGCUGCGUCGUCUAGAAGUAUCUCAAAUCGACUGGGAGCCCAACGUCGCAGCGCAGCCCGUUUUUAAUCAGGAAAUGUGCUCGUUGUUGGGCCAACAAUGGAGGCCAGUUGAGCCGGAGCAGUUGCCAAGCGAAGGCUAUGGCCCUGUGGAUUAUGAUGUGCGCGAUAAGUACGUUUUUGAAUUAAUGCGAAAGGAUCUGAGCCAUUAAAGCACAAAUCAACCAAAAAUCGAAUAAAGCAACGUCAUGCAUGCAGCAACAACAACAACAACACGACUCACAAUAUAAUACAACAUGACACGUGAUCAAAUCGAGCGCAUAGAAAUUUGUAGCGUUUAGUAAACUUUUACGUAGGCAACUAAAAAACAAACAAACAAAACAAGCAAACCCUAAAAUGAAAAGCGAUCAAUUGACUUUUCUGUUAAGUUAAAUAAAACGAUUUUUGAUAGAUAAUACAAGAACCGUAAACAGUUAUAAAAAAUUGGCAAGCCUUUAUACAACUUACAAUUUUCUUUCGUAUGUUAAACUAUGUAAAACUUAAAAUUAAAUUUUGUUCGGCCACACAGCAAAAAUGAAAGCAACAAACGGCAUAAAAGACUUGAGCACUUCAAAUGCAAAUGAAAGAAUGAAAACGAAUUGUAAACAAAAACCAACAAAUAUAACGGGCAGUUUGUUGUUACAAAAAACAUGUAAAACAACAAACAGCGACGAAAACUAAGAUAGGUAGUGAGUGAGGGAAUGAGGGAAGAUAAACAUCAUUUUAUAAGCAACAACAACUGUGAUUUAAAAACAAAAUGCAAGCAAGCAAAAGUAAAGCCAGGUACAGCAGCGGCAGCAACAACAACAACAACCAAUUGUUAAGCAAAUUGUCUAGUUAGCUAAGUAAAAUAUUAAAAAAAACAUUUAAGAAAAACAAAAAAAAA